UGGCCGCCUCGUGUCCGUAAGCUGAAGAUAUUCGUGUGACAAAAGUGUGCGACGAGACGAACCGCGACAGAGACUUCUACAUUACACACGGGGACGCCAUGGGGCAUCCACCAAGACGCGCGGGGACGAUCCUCGCAUGCUUGUUCCUGGUGUUCGCCGCCGCGGAAUCGGCCGGUAAAUGUACCACUGGCUGCCAUGGAAUGCACCCAAGCAAAGCGUAUCAGGAAGGGCACACGUAUGUAUAUAAUCUGAACGGAUUGUCGGUGACAUCGGUCACUGAAGCACAAGGAGACUCGACCCUCAAAUUGUCAGCGACCGUCGAAUUGUCAGUGAAACCGAACUGCAUUCAUCAGCUACGGUUGAAGAACGUCCAGCUAAAUGGAGCGCCUCCAUCCACGCCGGACGUUGAACAAUACGCGGUCCAGUUCAACUACCAUGAUGGACACAUCGACACGGAAAUCUGCGCCGAGCCUGACGACAGCCAAGCCUCCUUGAACAUCAAGAGAGCCGUUGUCUCCAUGUUCCAAUCGGCUGUUAUGCAAGACAACGGCGGAACGACACACCACGAGACCGACGUGAUGGGUGCCUGCCCGACGGACUUUACGUUCCGCAAAGACGGCGAUAUGCUGACGAUACACAAGAGCAGGGACCUGGCAAGGUGCGCCUAUCGCGAGAACGUGAACCAAGGACUGGUGUCGGCGAGUGCCGAUGUUGCCGCGGGCUUGCAAUCCGCCCCGCUUCUGGCAUCGCAACAGGAGACGGAACAACGCUUCAAACGAGGUGUUCUGAACAAGGCGGUGUCCAAAGAGACCUACAAACUGAUACCGUUCAGCAAUGGGAACGCUGGCGCGAACACCGUGGUGGAGACCACGUUGACCUUGAAGAGCGAGAAAUCCGAUAAUCCGACGGCCCCGGUAUCCCUGCCCAAGUCCUUGAUCUUCGAACCACCUCAUCCGGUCGUGAAAUCAUCCGUGGACGCCAUCAACAACGCGUUGAAGGCCGCCAAGGACGAGGUCGCCGGUGGCGUGAAACCGGAAGCAGCGAGCAAGUUCGCUGAUCUCGUGAAGGUGCUCCGGCUGAGCAGCAAGAACGACAUACUCUCCGUGUAUCAGAAGGUCCGUGCCGGUGCUGGUUUCGACAAAGAGGACCAAAAACUCCUGCUAGACGGUCUGUUCCGGGCGGGAAGUGGCGAAGCUGCUGAGGUCGGCGUCGAACUCGUGAAAAAUAAAGAAAUCUCCGGCGUUGAGACUAUUCUCUUCUACACAAGUCUCGCUUUGGUGCGUCACGUGAAUCUACCGUCGGUGACGGCCGUGACCAGUCUUCUAGACCAGCCUAAUCUACCCAGAAUCGGUUAUCUCGGUGUCGGUCAAGUGGUCGGGAAGUACUGCCAGCAUCAUUCCUGCGAGAACGUGGCCGAGGUGAAGGAGGCCGUGCACAAAAUCAGAGAGAAAGUGGGCAACGGUAAGGCCAAGACCAGGCAACAGGAGAACCAGGUGAUCGCCGCGUUGAAAGCGUUGGGAAACACACAAUUCCUGGACGACGCCACGCUCCAGAAGCUGGCGAACAUCGCGGCUGAUAAGCACGUCAGGAAUCGUGUACGAGUGGCCGCCAUCGAGGCGUUGCCCACCAGAUGCUCGAUGAAGUGGAAGAACAUCAUGUUCAAGGUCUUGGCCGACAAAGAGGAGGACAGCGAGGUCCGUAUCAAGACGUACCUGUCGUUGGUCGCAUGCGCCUGUCCUCACGUCGCUAACAACGUGAAAGAGGUGCUGGACAAGGAGACCGUGAAUCAGGUUGGUUCGUUCAUGCAAGGCCACUUGAGGAACCUGCGAGCAUCCACCGAUCCUAACAAGCUCCAGGCCAAGAAUCACCUAAGCCAAAUCAAACCCCGCACAAAAUUCCCCGAAGACUUCAGGAAAUUCUCCUACAACAACGAGCUGUCAUACAAACUCGACUCGCUCGGCUUGGGCUCCAGCAUGGAGCAGAACAUGAUCUACAGCCAGAACAGCUUUGUGCCCCGUUCCGCUAAUCUAAACGUGACCAUGGAGCUAUUCGGACGGAACUUCAACUUCCUCGACCUGAACGCACGCGCGGAGAAUCUCGACAGAGUGAUCGAACACUGGUUCGGACCGAAAGGCAAGGUUUGGGGACACGAUCUGGAGGAGCUGAAGGAAGAAGGCGCGAGCGCUGCCGAGAGCAUCGGCAAUUACAUCAAAGAACGAUACCAAAAGUCGAUUCGUGGAAAGCGCGAGGUCAAGCAAGGGGACCUGGACCGUUUCGCGAAGAACGUACACCUGAGAGACAACGAGGUCGAUCAGAACCUGGAUCUCGACCUAUCCGUGAAAUUGUUCGGCGUCGAGCUUGCCUACCUGAGCUACGAGGGCGACAGCAACAAACUGAACCCCGAAGCCAUCGUGGAUAAGAUCUUCGACAAUCUCGACAAAGGAUUCGACCUAGCCAAGAACUUGAACUACGACAUCGAGAAUUAUAUCCACUUCCUGGAGGCUGAACUUGUCUACCCGACCAGUUUGGGUAGCGCGCUGACUCUCGGUUUGACCGGCACAAGCGCAGUUCGUGUCAAGACCAACGGCAAACUCGACAUUCCGGCUAUUCUGAAGGAUCCUCAGAACGCAGCCUUCAAGAUCGCCGUAGAACCCAGUGUAUCCGUUAGAAUCGCUGGUAACAUGAUCGUCCAGGGAUUGGGCGCCGAAUCCGGUAUGAAAAUCGUGACCACUCUUCACACAGCCACCAGCACCGACAUGUCUGUCGCCGUUCUCGAUGGCAACGGUGUCGACGUGAACUUCGGCAUCGCCAAGAAGAAGCAGGAGCUGAUCAAUGUGAACAGCGAGGUACUCUUCAGCAGUGGGUCGAAAGGCAACGAAUACGUGGCCCCGAAAUUCGGCAAGGGCACAGAGUACGCUGAUUGUUUCGAACAGUUCUCCACCAUCCUUGGUCUGACCGUAUGCGGAAAGAUCUCGUUCCCCUAUCAAGACAUCGCAACCAUUCAGCAGAAACCUUUAUUCCCUCUAAGCGGACCAGCGAAAUUCGCGGUGUCCCUCGAGAACAACGAUGUCUCCAGUUAUCAUUUCAAGGUCUAUCUGAACACUCAGGACCCCAAGAAACGCUCUUUCGAGAUCGUGCUGGACACACCCAAGAGCAAGACCAACAGACACGUAUCCCUGACCGCGGAAGUCGGCACAGAGCCGAACAUGUACGCCAAAGUGUCCCUUGACUCACCGAUCAAGAAAGCCUCUGUGGAGGCUGCACUGAAGAACACCGCUGAAGAACGCACACUGACGAUCAUCGCUCUCCACGAUUCGUCGGAAUACUACGGACGCGUCGGUGUUCUCGCCAGCGGAGGCAAAUACAAGCCGGUUCUAGAGUACAAGGUUCCGGAACACAUCGAGAAACUGGCCAGCGCGAAGACUGGACUGAAGGCAGGCCAACAGUACAACGUCCAAGGUACCGUUGACGUUUCCGACUACCAAGGUGGCCAAAAGUACGUCCUGGAUAAAGUUGCUCUGGUGAUCAGUGGUCAGAAACUCGUCGUCAUUGACGGUACCCUAAUUUGGACACCUACCAGCGUAAGUGUGGACACCAAUCUCGGUUACACCGAGAAGAGUCUGGCUUUAAAACUGGACGGAAGAAAAAUAUCCGAUCAGAACUACGCGCUCACAGUGUCCGCGAUGCCAUCGACGGAUCCACACAUCGGCUUCAAACUGAACUGGGAGUUCAAGCGAGAGAAGACCUCUAUGGAGAACAAACUGGUCUUCGUUCACGGGCCCGAUGAAGAUUCCAAGGUGAAUCGUUUAACCCUGGAACAGAGCGCUGUUUACAACUUGGACCCCAAAGACCUGGCUCUGUCCGCGUCCAACGAGCUAGAGUAUCCCGCCAUGAAGCUGAAGCUGAAGCUCGACGGUAAGCUCACCCGCAAUUCGAUGAGCGGCGACGUCGAGGUGAAAUACGAGAAGUUCAAGCUCGGUGGUGAACUGUCCGGGAAGACGAACAUAGAAAAACCAGGUGACUACGAGGCAGAACUGGAGGCCGAACUGAUGGAGAACAGUAUCAAAGUGAAGUCGAAACGCGUCAUCCUGGACGCUCACAAGAGCAAGUACGUGAACUCGCUGGUGUUGUCGCCAGGUGGUAAAUACGAUGCCGAGGGUACAGUCACCUACGACGUGACCAAGAACAACGUUAACGUACAUUUGGACGGGGACAUGAAUCUGAAUGGGAAAAAGGUCAAGGUAGAUACAGGUUUAGAAGCGAACCAACAAGCGGUGAACUCCCGUGUCUUCGUGAAAGUAGACGGUAUCAAGUACAUCGAAUUCCUAUUGAGGACCCGACGAUCACCGAACCCUAGCGGCAGCCUGACCCUAAACCUGAAGAACUAUCUUACCGCCGACGGCAAGUACACCUACCAGAACGGCAAAGGAAACGGAAAUCUGAACAUCGACGUGCCAAAGAUCAACCGAAAGAUCAAGGCGACCGGAAACCUAGCCGUGUCCGGAUCCGAGCACACCGGUAACUUCGAGCUCCUCUACGACGCCGAAAAGGAUCCCAGCAAACGGAUCAAGCUGUCCACCGUUUCCGACAUCACGAAGACAUCGUUGAACACGAAGAACGUGCUGGAGGUGCUCGACCAGAAGCUCGAAGUGAACGCGAAUGGUAAACGCGACGGUACUAUCGACGAAGGUAGCCUGCAGCUGGACGCUGACGUCACGUUGCCAAACAAACGCUACUUGACGUACAAGAUGAAACGGAAUUCCGCGAAGAAGGACAACAAGUUCAAUGUCGAUGUGGAUAUCGAGUUGACGGACAGCGAUUCGAAGGGUGGGCCAACCAGGAAACUCUCGUACGUCGAUAAUAUGAAGGACCUCGACACGAAGGCGAUGACAUUCCAAAAUGAUGCUCAGCUGAAGCUUGUCGACACAGCUGGAAAGGACAUCGUGAUUGGAUGCAAAGCGAAACGACUCGCGCAAGACAAUAAGAAGGGGCACAGUAUCAACCUUGAACUUGGCGGAUCGAAGGUUCCGAAGAAAUUCCAACUUCAGGUUGAUUCCGAUGUGGGAGAAAAGGGUGGAUCGUACAACGCUAAAACAUCCUGGGGCGAUGACCUCAUAAUAACGAGCUCGGGAACAGCCGAAUCUGGAGACAACGUUGACAAGCCGUGCAAGUUGAACGGGGCAUUGGAGAUGAAGCUGCCGAGCGAAAAGCUCAGCAACCUGAAACUCGAGAUCACGCAGGAUCUGCUGGAACCGUCACAGGAGAGCAGUCGCCUGCAUUGGUUGAACGCUAUGAAACUAACGUACAACAACGACAAAACGAUCAAGACCGAGUCGUACUUGAAUGUGCAGGGACUGAAGUUGCCCGAGGAGGCGAGCGAGGGAAAGGGAAAGCUAACCCUGACCAUUCUUCAAUUGCCGCCGUUGAAUGUGGAUACAAGCUACAAAUACAAGCCAACCGACGAGAAAAAGACAGCCGUAAUGGAUCUGAACGUUGACUACGGUGAGAAGAAAUUCUCGUUGAAGUCCGACAACGAGUACCUGCCGGACUUGGCCAGCGUCAAAGCGAACCUCAAGUCUGUACUGCCUAUUGAGAAGUUCCGCAAUGUCGACAUGCAGAUGAACUACAAGAGAUUCAAGAUCGAUAAUAAGAUGCUCGUGGAUGUGGUCCUUAUGGCCGAUGGCGUUAAAUAUACCCUAAACAGCGAGAUGCAGCAGCAAGACACGAACUCUUUGUUCAACGUGGUGGCCACUUGCCCCGACGGCAAAACGGAAAUUCUCUCCAAGAUCCAGAAACUCGGGCCGAAAGAAUACAAAGGUGAAUGGAAGGUCGACACCCCUAAAGGAUUUGUUGUCUCGGACGUUCACGUUGAUCUAGAGAGCAUCGACGAUUUCGUGAUCGACGCGAACUUCGACAGCGACAAGAUCAAGCACCGCAAGAUCCACGCCGAGAUUGCCAACAAACCGACCGCGAAAACCGGAAAGAGAAUCAUCAUCACCGUCACCAGCGACGGCAAAAAUAUUGUGACUGGAAGCACGAGCUACAAGAAACGCGACGAGGACGGAAAGAUCGUGGUCGAGGGGAACGGGAGCCUGAAAGUCGGCGACAACACCAGAAGCUCGUCGUUCAAGUACACACGUCAACAGCUAACCCACGAGAAGGAUGGUGAGGUCGGCGUCGCGAUGGUUCUGAACGCGAACUUUGGACCCUCCGCGGUCGUCGGCGAGCUUAAGCUCUCGAACAAGGAGGUUCACGUGUUCAACAGCUACUGCGAGCAGAGCAAGGACUGCGCUCACUUCAAGCUCCAGUCGAUGCUCGACGUUGAACAUAAACCAACGCUGAAGCACCAAUUGACGGUGGAGGUCGACCUGAAGAAGUUCAACGUACCGGCCGAGUUUGGAUUGAAGACCAGCACCGAACUCAAAGCCCCCGUCUACGAUCACACCACGAACCUCUACCUGCACUCGACGAAAGACAAGUCCGAGUACACGUACCGAAUUUACGUUCAUCCUAAGGAAUCAGCUACCGUUCUCACCCUGCCGUCCCGCGAAAUGGCUGUUGUGCUGACUUACGAUCUGCCGAAAACGAAGCACACCGGGGCGUACAAACUGGACCUGUCGCUUUACCUCGACAGAAAGAACAAACCGUCCGACAAGACCAGCCUCAGUGCCACCGGGGACAUAAACAUCGAGAAGAACGCUCUGUCCCUUAACGGAGAGACGAAAUUCACGUACCCAACACAACCGAAGGAUAUGUCGGUGAAAGGAAGAGUUCACUACGGCGGCGAACAGCUGUUGGACGCGAAUCUGGACAUCGACGUGUUCGCGAAGAAGUCACAGAAAAUUUCGAUCGUGGCUAAUCUGAAGAGACAGGGUGUCCCUGACGGGAACAACGUGACUGGCUUGGUCGAGGUGAACAGCCGUGGCCAGCAGCUGAAGCUCGACCUGAAAACGUCGUUGGCGCUCACCAAGAACGAGAUCGGGCUCGGUGGCUUCUUCACGUACAACGACGUGAACCAGAAACCGAAAACGAUGGGCGUGCUUUUCUCCGCGGACGUGAACCAUAUCGAUCUGCUGGUCACGCUGCCCGACAAGGUGUUGAUCAAGGACGAAUGGAAGAUGCAGAUCUCGAAGAACACACAAAAGAUCGACCGGGAGCUGACAUUGUUAGACGAGCCAACAAACGUGAUGAACUUCGAGGGCAACGAUCUGAAUCGCUUCAAGCUCGUCACCUACCGGAAAGAUAAACCAAACAACAAGCUGAGCGUUAACGGGCAGAUCGUGCUCGGACAGUUGGCCGAAAUCCACGCGAACGGAUACAAAGACGGAGCCAAGAAGAAACUGUUCCACGUCCUGGUCCAUCUCGACGAGAAGCAAUUCCUGAAACCAGAUAUCAGUUAUGAGAAAGAAAACGUGGCUGAUGUUUUUAACGUCGUUAAGAACAGACAAAUUGAACUUGCAAAGAAACUGAAGGAAGUCCAAGAUUACGUUGUGGAGCAAACGAAAGCGGAGGUUGGCGAUCUUUUGGAUCAUUUGAAGAAGGCGCAGCCGAACAUCAAACCACUUUUGGACUAUUAUCAGACGGAACUGCACAAACUUAAGGAAGAGCUCAACGCCGAUGAGACUAUUAAAAAGAUCACAACAAUUCUGAACAAAUAUUUCGGCGCCGUUGUCCUCGCCGUUACGAAUACUAUGAAGGAGGUCGCGGAGGGUGUACAGAAGCUGCAGAAACAGUUGAACCAAUUGCUGACCGACUUGAAAGAGGUGAUCAACUCGGUUUAUCCGAAGCUGAAGGAGUCCUACGAGAAAAUAUUGCACGAGUGCCUGGAGAUCCUAAAUGCGGCCGCGAAACUUGGUGUCGAGCAGUUGAAACGCGAGAUCGAGGAGUUCGGUGCGCUGUUGAUCAAUCAGCUGAAGGCUCUUCCGGUCUACGAGUACCUGAAAGAGAGAUACCAGGGACUGACGGACUUUGAGACACCGGCAUUCAUCGUGACCUCCGUCUCAGAGGUCUGCAAUUUACUGAAAAACUCUCUGCCCACCCAGGAGCUACGACAGUUCGUCGAGGUCACCUGCCAGUACAUUACCAAACACAUCACCCACGAGAAGGUGGACGAGUCAGUCGAGCUGAAGAACAUCUACACGCACGCCGUGUCCGCGUUCCAAUCCGUCCUCGGCCUGCUCCAGAAACAGGUGACGCUCGACAACGUAUUGGGCUUCGUCCAGAUCCAGUCGCCCAUUGAUUUCAGCCUUUUGUCCAAGCUCCCAGGCAUCUCAGUGCUCCGUGUUUCUGUCUUGAAUCUGUUGCGCAACAGAGAGCUGCCGACGCCUUUGGACCUCUACUACACCUACAGACCAACCCGUUACCCAACCGACAUCAUUCCGCCGUUCCGCAAGUCCGGGGUCGUCGCCGACGGAGGACACUUCUUCACGUUCGACGGACGUCAUCUGACGAUGUCUGGCACCUGCACAUAUAUACUCGCGCAGGACAUGCAAGACGGCAACUUCUCGGUCGUGGCUAACUUCAACAAUGGCGUUCUGAUCAGCAUCACCCUCACCGAGCCUAAAGAAAGCAUCACCCUCAAGAACAAUGGAAACAUCCUGGUGAACAACAAACCGGCUGAUUUCCCGACAAGCACGAAGAACCUGCACGCUUACCUGGUACCACCAUUCGCCAAUGUCAAGUCCGCUUACGGUGCUCGCGUCAGCUGCACGAGCUCGACGCCCAUGGUCUGCGCCGUCCAUGUUUCCGGGUUCUACCUGGGCAAGCUGCGUGGUCUCCUCGGAGACGGCAACAAUGAGCCGUACGACGACUUCACCUUGCCAUCUGGAAAGAUCACCGAGAGCAGCAGCGAAUUUGGCAACGCGUACAAACUGAAAGGCGACUGUCCAGCCGCGACCGCUGUCGAACACGAAGCACGCGCUCAGGUCUGCACGGACUACUUCGUCAGCCAAAAGUCUACUCUGAAGUCCUGCUUCAGCCGUGUCAACCCAGCCCAAUAUCGCGACGCCUGCGACCACGCGGUCGCCGCUAAGACGCCCGAAGGAGCUUGCGUGAUCGCCACGGCUUACCACUAUUCUUGUUACGAGGCUGGCAUAAUGAGCACCAACAUACCUCCAUCUUGCACGAACUGCAAAGUCGGCCCGUCGACAGUCGAGAUCGGCGACACUUUCAGCGUGAAGACUCCCAAGAAAGAGGCCGACAUUGUGAUCGUGGUUGAGCAACAAACACCGAACGAGAAGGUCUUCAAGGAUAUGGUCACGCCAUUGAUUUCAGAGCUCCGAGAAGAACUGAAACACCAAGGAAUAACGGAUGUGCACAUCGGUCUGAUUGGAUUCGGCGAGAAAAUGAAAUGGCCCCAGCACUACACACUGAACGGGGACACCAACAUAGACGGCGAAGUGAAGAACAUGAAGUUCUUCGAGAGGACAGCACCCGUCUCCCUCAAGGAGGUAAAAGAAGGAAAGACGGACAAAAAGAUGUCAUUCGUGCGCGCUUUCUUGCCGCUUCUGUUCCUCCGGCAACGAUUGGACGUUGAAUUGGGCAACAUGAAACUAACCGACGCCUACGAGGAGGCGAUUCGCUAUCCAUUCCGAGCAAGCGCUGCCAAGGCCGUGAUCGGUGUUCACUCGAGCAUUUGCGAGAAGAGCCUGCUUCCAUUCUCUCUGCAGCAAAUCAGGCUCCUGUUGGGACAGAAGACUUAUCGAGAUCUCGGCCUCACCUAUUACCACGUGUCCCACCCCAACCAGCUCCUUGUGUCGGGCACGCCCCAAAAGAAUAUCGUCGGCUACGACCAAGAUAGCGCGUACACGUUCGCUGACAGCAAAAAGAAGCCACUCACCGGUAGCACCGACAUCAAGAGCAACCUCGCACCCGCGACCACCGACGUCUGCGCUGACUUCGCGGUUUCCUCUGGCGGAGCGACGUUCAGCUCGGACAACUUCUUGGACGCUAAACCGAAUCAGAAGAAGCAGUUCAUCCAAGUGGUGGCCAAGAGGGUCGCCGACGGCCUGGUUAAUUUAGAGCUGGAGAAAGAUUGCCUGUGCGAGUACCAGUACGGAAUGUUCGGGCGUUCGCAGUGCAAAAUCGUCGGCCGUAAAGAAAAGGAACCUCUCGCGAAACACACUAAGGCCGGAGUGAAGGGUUAAGGCUUAUUUUUAAGUCCAUCGCGGCCCAGCUGUCGCUACUAAAAUUAAUUUUAGCUGUACUGUAUUUUGUUACUUCGUUUAUAAUUACGUCAGGCGUCGUUUUUUUUUUUUUUUUUUUUAAAUACUUCUAAGCGGCCAGAUCCUUCGAGCCCCCCAGCGUCUGGGGGAGGGGGGCUCGUUCUCUGUCACCCAUCCAGAGGACGCACGAGGGAACAAAAACCUUCGAAUCUCUUCGUAUAAAACGUGCAACGCGAAUCGUGGCGAGUCCUACCACCCCCCUCCCCUCCUCGUCGCGUUCUCUCCGUCGAUUAUCGAACGCGGCCAGGUGAACUCGACGCGGUUUAGAUUAUUAAGUUGUUUUACUACCACCCACCAUCCACCUACCCCCGUCAUGAGCCGGUAUUAAUUAAAUUGUUCGAUCCGUGAUAAUAAAUAUCCAUACGGGAGAGACCAACGAGAGCCAGCACAGCCUGUACACGCGUAAUACCGGGGACACGUCCGUCGAUUCGAUUCACACGAUGAUUUGUACGGCUUUACUAUUAUUAAAUUAGUAUACCGAUGCUGGCAUACACUCGGACACGACUAACAGCAGCUAAUCUGAAUUCAAUACCGACCCCGCAACCCUUUGCCCAACCCUCGUAACGUUUUAUCGUCGCACAUCGCGAUCACACGCGCCUCUGUACGCUAUGGUUUUGAGAAGGAAAUAUACGUACAUUGUUCAUACAUGAG